ACAGGCUCCUCUCAGUGCAGCCUUCCAGGCGCUCUUUGUCCUCGGCCGGCCGACUGACGACGCGUUUCCCUUUAAGAUGCUGUCGGACACGCACACGCCUUAUUUUAUCAUUCUGUGUAUUGUCGGCAGGCAGAAACUUGGACCGAACGAUAACGUUAAAGGCCGGCGACGGUAGAAGGGGAGUCCAGCAUCCCCGGCGGGCAUCACCUCAUCUGGAAGCGGCGGAGGGUUAGCUGGGCUCGGGGCUAGCGCGGGUCCGGUGUCCUUGCCCGUGUCACGCGCAGCGCCGGUGUUUAUCACAGGGCUCCAGCACUUCUCCGGGACAGACAUGUCUCUCCACACGACGGACACAGCGAACUGGCAUCGAGGAGCGGAGGAGAUACGGUGAAUGCGGUGAAACUACUCUCUGGUCCCCUCUCACCCCGCGAUGUUGUGGAUGUUUGACCACGGACAGUAGGAAUUUGGCGCACAUUUAGCAGCAUUUUGAAGGGAGCUCUCCCACAUCUCCGCCUGGGGACCAACCAUCACUACAACCUCCCUCCACCUACGCCUUUAACCCCUUUAAAUGAUGACAUCCCCAGACUCUCCCCCGCUGGUCUCCCCCUCCCCGUGCCCUGCUCCCCCUCCAUCCCUCCCCUCCUCACCUGUGCCCUCGUCCCCGGCCCCUUCCUCCUCCUCCCUCCCCGCCCCACCCUCGCUGCCUCCCACCGGGGAGGUGAUGGUGCUGGCUCUGGGCAGGAAGAAGCAGAGGGUGCUGAUCGCUCUCUCCAUCCUGCCCAACCUCUUCCUGGCCUUCCUGCUCUCCUCCGACCCGCUCAUCACCCUCUCCCCGCCCCACCACUGCCACCUGCCGGGACCCUUGCCGUCGCCCGAGGUGCUGAACGCCUCCCUGCCCUGGGAGAAGGGGGAGAGGCCCGGGGACGGCGGGGGACUGUCCCAGUGUAAGCAGUACGUCAACAGCAGCCAGUCAGCAGCGGUGGACUGCGAGGCCGGCUGGGACUACAACGUGACAGAAGGGCUGAGGAACAACAUCGUUACAGAGUGGGAUCUGGUGUGUGGUCAGUACUGGCUGGUCCCAGUGGAGGAGGUGUGUUUCAUCCUGGGCGUCCUGACUGGCUGUCUCGGCCUGGGCUAUGCUGCUGACAGGCUGGGCAGGUCCAAGACUCUGCUGACCUCCCUGACCCUGUCGGUGGUGUUUGGGGUGCUGGUGUGUGUCUCUCCGUACCCCUCCAUCUUCAUCGUCAUGCGUUUCUGUUUGGCGGCAGCUAGUGCGGGAGUCUACCUCACUCUGUACAUCACUCGUCUGGAGCUGUGCGAGCCGUCUCUGAGGCUGCUGGGGACCAUGCUGGCCGGGCUGAUGACUGUAGCUGGAGAGUUGCUGCUGCUGGCCGUCGCCCUGGGCUGCCAGUCCUGGAGGGGCCUGCUGGGAGCCGGCGCCGCCCCGCUAACACUCUUCCUCAGUUACGGCAUUCCUGGGGUAUUUCCAGAGUCUCCUCGCUGGCUCCUUCUGUCAGAGAGAUGUGCUGACAUGAACUCCUUCAGCGAGAGACGAAACUCCAACAGAGACGUGAGGGACGACGAGAGCUUCACAGAGCUGGAUUCAGAGCCGGCCCCCUCCUCACGCCCCCACCUGUCCUUCCCUGAGCUCUUCCACAGCAGGAACAUCUGGAAGAACAUGUGUGUGCUCGGCUUCACCUCAUUCAUCUCUCACGGCAUUAGUCACUGUUACAGCUCUUUCCGAGGUGACGUCAGAGGCACGGCCCCCAGCUUCUAUUGGACGUAUCUGCUGUCUGUGUGUGCAGGGGGUGGCGCCUGGCUGUUGCUCUGGGUGACAGUCGACAGGUGCGGCCGCCGUGGCAUCCUGCUCCUCUCCAUGACAAUGACGGGGCUGGCCUCUUUGAUCCUCCUGGGACUCAUGGAGUACCUCAGUGAGACGGCCAUCACAGUCUUCUCAGUGCUGGGUCUCUUCUCCUCCCAGGCCACCGCCUCCCUCUGCAUCCUCUUCACUGCAGAGAUCAUGCCCACCAUCAUCAGGGGCAGCGGUGUGGGCGCAGUGCUCGCCCUGGGCUGCGUGGGCCGCCUCAGCUCCCCGCUCAUGGACCUGAGGAACCACUACGGUUACUUCCUGCACCACGUGGUCUACUCCUCUCUGGCCCUGCUGGCCGUGCUGUCCAUCCUGCUGCUGCCCGAGAGCAAGAGGAAGCCGCUGCCCCAGACGCUGGCCGACGGGGAGCAGUACAGACGCCCCCCGCUGGGCAGGAGGAGGAGGGACAAUGUGCCACUGCUGGCCACACCCAACCCAGAGACCUAAGAGACUCCUGAGGAGAGUGGAGUGCGCUUAGAUCAUUCACUUUGCAGCCAGAACAUUUACAUCUGCCAUGUCCAUGCAGAGCAGGAGAAAGACAGAGCAAGGUAGAGACUUAAAGGUGACGGUGAUCAAACACUCUAAGCUUCCUAACAUAUCAUCCUCCAGUCAUUCCAAACGCAGGCGGUUGGGUUGAGUUACCAUUCUAUAUUUCCUGCCGUUCGGGUGUGUGUAGAUCUGACACACAACGUUCACGCACACAUGUAGGGAAGUCUUCAUCUUUCAUCUGUCCCUGAGUGGACGGCGGGCGGUCCUCCACCAUGUGGCACACCAGCAUACACUGCUGCACGCGGUCCUCCAAUUGUGUCUGUCGUAGAGAUGUUAGCUGCUUACUACUGACACUCCAGACCAGUUGGGCGUCGGAGAGUAGUUGCAAAUUAUUCCUAGCAUUUCUCUUAACCUGCAUAGAACGUUUUUUGUCGUGCCUGGUGUGUACGACAACACAAGUGUUCGGAGGCGUGCAAAAUCAAAGCAGUCAGUCAGUUUUGUGUACUCUUCCUGUGACAGUUGUGGUAAAACUCUCCCAUCUGACCCCCCACAGAGGGAUGGACCACAGUUCUCAGACAUAUGUUGUAAGACUGGAUGGAGCUGUGGGUGUUAAAUGCCUUGUAAAUACUCUAGACUUAGUUUCUUUAACUUCUAGGGGCAUCUGAGUUUUGCUAAAGCAGACCCUGUGGCUGGAAACUGUACAGUACAGUACGCUAUGCAGUUGAGAAGCGGUGCAGAGCACUUUGAAACAUUCUUUUUAAAGAUGUUGGUGGUUAAUUUCACCAAAGUCUUCAAAUUUAAGGGACAGUUUUAUGAACUUAAAUCAGCUAUUAUCAAUAUUGGGAUCAGAGGCUAAAAACAAAACAAAAAGAGGCCUUCAAACAGAAGGUUGUCGAUGUUCAAUCUGUGUAAAUCCAGUUACUGAAUCUGGCCUGGAGCCAGCUAUAUUUAUGUCUUAUUUAUGUUGUUACUAAUCAUAAUCAGUAAAUUAUCCAGAGGCCUAGUAUUUUUAAGCUUAAUAUUAUUAAAUUGGGUUGGCAUGGAAUGAACUUUCCAUUUUCCGAUGUCUCUGAUCAAGUAACAGUGAAGCUGUUAACUGUCACAACAUUCCUGCAUGUUUGGAAGCACUGAAGGGCUUGUUUUUUCUGUAUUUCCUCAGAGGCUUAUAGUUACUCAAUACCUCUCUAGAUGACCAGUCUCAGCUGUAAGAGAAUAGACGGGUACGAACAAACUACAGUAGGAGCUGUAUAACCAGGCACAUACAUUUUUUGUCAGGACUUAAAUGUGGAGGUUUUGAAAGAGGUCAUCUGUUACUUUGCCUGAAUGUGUAUUGAUGUUGGAAAAAGGGCCCGAUGACUGUGUUCCAUGAGUUUUGAAUGGGAGCUGAAGAGGGCCCCAGAGCGCCAAAUUAACCCCCGGCUCCUCCAGCACGCACCAAGGAUAUAUUUUGCUUCAUAGCUUCCUGAUUUUGAGUGUGCUGGCUGAUGCCAUUUUGCAUAUGGCACACAGUAAAUCGUGAUAGGGAAUUACCAAAGCAUGUCGGUCUCACUGCUUGAAAAAAUUCUGGUGUCUGUAAGUGUGCUCGGGUAAUUCUUUUUCUCAAGUGUUUGUGGGUGCGUGAUAUUAAGAGGAAGCGGGAGUUGUUUAAUUUGCACUCUGAUGUUAAAGCGUCUUUAAAGAAACUAUGAAGGGCGCUCACCUUCGCUGAUGGCUUCUUCCUCCGUCAGCCUUUGGUAGAUUAUUCCUCUGUAUGUUGCACUUAUACACUGAUGAUUAUUAUCAUUAUGAUUAACUUGACUCGAGUAGUAUUAUGUCUGACAACACUGAUGAUCUGUUCAAUGAUGAGUGUGAUGCAGUUAACUCUAUAGCCUGAUUUAAUGUAAAAUAAAACUGGUUAAAUAAACAA